AUGUCAGACCUAGGUGCACAAUAUCAAAAAGUUCAGGGUGAUCUAGAAGAUCUGAUUAUGAACAGACAAAAACUAGAAACACAAUUACAAGAAAAUAAGAUCGUCACGGAGGAGUUUGAAACGUUACAAGAUGAUACGCCGAUUUAUAAAUUAACUGGUAAUGUUCUUCUUCCUGUAGAGCAGGAUGAAGCGCGUGGUAACGUUAAUAAAAGAUUGGAAUUCAUAAAUAAUGAAAUUGACAGAUGUGAGAAAAAUAUCAAGGAUAAACAAGGUGAAUUGGAUAAAUUGAGAGGUGCCUUGAUGAAUCAAACAAAAUAA